UCGGCACGAUGACAGAACGCAAGUGGCAGUAAACUGGCAAUGGCAAUGUAAGCGAAAGAAGAACAGAGCAAGUAAAAUUAGACAUCGCGAGCACCCACAAAUAUUAGACAUUUUCUCAGCUUUUUGUGAAAAAUUGUUUUGUGUAACAUUUAAUUUGUUUAUUUGCUACUUGGACAUAUAAUUUUUAUCAGGUUAUAAUAUUUAGAUUCAUGUACAUGUGUGUUAGUGUACUGGCGAAUACGCCCUUGAAAACCGAGUUUCAAAAAAAAUCUUAACUCAGCAUAGCAACAGCAGUGCGAUCCAUAAAAUUCCUAUUGAAAAGGGAAUAGCGGGUGCUGUAUCUCGCACGGGUGUCUAUAUGAGAUGAUUGGAGAAGAUGUAUGGAGCAUUGAGAAUCGGGACAGAAGAAAAUUAAUCUGAUAGUGACAUAGUAUAGUAAGUAUCGGUGCUUUUUGUUAGUGUAAGAUGAUCACCCGAAGAUGGUUCCACCCCUUGUUGACCGGAGUGGACGCAGAGAAACUUCUGAUGGAGUGCGGGCGGGACGGGUACUUCCUCGCGAGGCCCAGUAUGAGCAACAAGGGAGACUUCACACUGUCGGUGCGCCGCGGGGACGAAGUCACCCACAUCAAGAUACAAAACAAUGGAGAAUUCCUCGACCUUUAUGGAGGAGAGAAAUUUGCAACGCUCUCCGAACUCGUACAAUACUACAUGGACAAUCAGGGACAACUGCGAGAAAAGAACGGAAGUGUUAUUAGACUGAAAACCCCUUUAAAUUGUGCCGACCCCACGACGGAGCGGUGGUACCACGGACAGCUCACCGCAAAAGAAGCAGAGAAAAUUAUGCUCGAAAACGGAAAGAACGGAUCAUUUCUCGUCCGCGAGUCGCAACGGCAACCCGGCGAUUUCGUUCUAUCUGUGCGGACCAGGGAUCGCGUGACCCAUGUCAUCGUACGCCGACAAGACAGCAAGUACGACGUCGGUGGUGGGAAGCAGUUCGACGACCUCGUCAGUCUCAUAGAGCACUACAGAAACUUCCCCAUGGUAGAAACCUCAGGAGAAGUUUUAAGACUCAUCCAACCGUUCAACGCCACAAGAAUACAAGUACGACACUUCCACACCAGAGUAAAACAACUCCUAAAGGAAACCGAAGGACCCAUUGAAAGCAUGGCGUACAAACAAGGAUUCUGGGAAGAGUUUGAGACGCUACAAAUGAUGGAGAACUUCCAAUUCGACAGAAUGGAGGGAUCGAAACCAGAAAAUAUCAGGAAAAAUAGAUACAAGAACAUUAUACCAUUUGACCACACCAGAGUUGUCCUCAAAGAUAUACCGGCUGAUGCACCUCCGGGUUCUGAUUAUAUAAACGCGAAUUACAUUCGAUGCGAUAGUAUUGAUGGAAGUUUAGAUUCGCAAGAUCCCAUUAACGGGGCUAAUGAGAACGGCUCACCGCCUAGCAGGGACGGCACGCCCUCUAAAAAUAAAGGCAAGUCUUCUCCAAACCAUACGAGCGUGGUGAUCACCGAAGAGAGCACGAAAGGCUACGGCAAUGGAGUGCACAAGCCCUCCCUGCCUCCGUUCGAGCCGAGCGUGUUACGCGCCAACCCCAAUUACGUGAACACCACGAUACCCAAGACGGCCACCAAGGUCGAAAGCCUCGUUGCCGAAAACGUUUACAACAAAACCUAUAUAGCAACACAGGGCUGUCUCUCUACGACCAUUUACCAAUUCUGGUCUAUGAUAUGGCAGGAGGACGUCCGCAUAAUAAUAAUGACGACAAAGGAAAUCGAGCGUGGAAAAGUCAAAUGCGAACGUUACUGGCCCGAUCUGAACAAAACGGAGGUGUUGAACAAAUAUGCGAUAUUCAACGAAUCAGAAUCAUCAACGCAGGACUACACAUUGAGACGUUUCGUGGUGACGAAGACAGACGAGCCUAAUGCGAAAAGAACUAUAUACCAUUUUCAUUUUACGGCUUGGCCCGACCACGGGGUCCCGUCGGAGCCAGGUCGCGUGUUGAACAUCCUGCUGGUGGUAAACAGUAGGCUGCAGCAGAUAAUGACCGGGCCGCAGCCGCCGGCGCAGGCCGUGGUUUGCGUGCACUGCUCCGCAGGCAUAGGCAGGACUGGCACUUUUAUUGUUAUUGAUAUGAUUCUGGACCAAAUAAGGAAGGAGGGUUUCGACUGCGAGAUCGAUAUACACCGCACUGUGCAAAUGGUGCGGGAUCAGAGAUCGGGUAUGGUGCAAAACGAGGCGCAGUACAAGUUUAUUUAUAUGGCCGUUUUGGAGUUCAUUCAGACUGUGAAGCAACGCACCGGCCUGGGGAAGGAGCCCGCGCCCUCCACGUCCGCGAUCAGGGGCGUUCCCUUUUUAUGAAUGAUACGCAAAUAUCGAAAACAAAUCUGUCAAAACUUUUUAAAAGAGAACAGUAGGGUUUCAUAGAUUUUUAAUACAAUAACUGGUGGUAAUUUUACUGUACCUAAUAUAAUGAAUUUUAUUAUUACCCUGACUUUUUAAAAGUAUAACAGCCUUUUUUAAUUAAUAAGAUAAGACAAAAAUGUUUGAUAUAAGUUGGGUUGCCGGGUAUAUAGUGACGUCUAAAGAGUCAUGUAAAUUCUUCAUACUAUGUAUAUGUAACAUAAAUGAAAUACGUAUUUAUUCCUCAUGUAUAAGAAACACAAAAUAGUGUCAUCACAUUAAAAUUAUUGUUUCAAGCUGCUUUCCUGUUUACAUGUGCAACAAUAAGUGAUUAAUAUAAAUGACAACCUUGUGUAUUAUGAACUCUGUGCUAAACCAAUAUUUAAAAGCAAAUCAAUUUAAGACUUUGAAAGUUCAUUUGUUGCUUUAUGUCUGUCUAUGGGCAGGGAAUCCAUUAAAAUAAUUUGUACAAUUGGGCGUCUUAAAGUUUUACCUGUAUACCACGCGAUCAUUUUAUAUGAAGAGUUUAAUUGUUGUAAAAUAAAUUAUUAUUAUGUAUAUUUAGAUUACAGUUUGAUGAGGCACUAAUUAGAAGUUAAGUGACUCAAUCAUAUGUGAAUAUAAUUCUUAAAUAUUUUUUCAAAAGUAUGAAAUUUUACAUUAUUUUAUUCGAAUAAAUUACACUGAUAGUUUUACUGAAGAGUUGAAUAUAUUGAUGUUGACGGUGGGUAGUUAUUCGUAGUUUAAAACUAAUAAAUUAGGCGACCUUCACACGAGUAGCGGUUUCCAGUUCUGUUACUUUUGUAUGGAUUUUUUUUUCAUUAAUUAUUCAAUUCUUUUUGAGUACAUAUCAUACAGUUAUUAUAUAAUAAACAAGAAUUUAAAGUAAAGAAUACCUUAUUUAUUACUGCUGUUUGUGAAAUAUUCUUGGUAUCACAUACAGAGAGAAGGAAGUUGGAAAAACGUAGAACAUGUUUAAAAAUAAACCGCUUGUUGCCUGUCUGUUUAUAUAUAUUCUUAUCAAUUCAAUGGUUUAUGAUUUGAUUUUCACUAUCAUGUAAAUAUUCUUCCAGAUGGUUUAUAAGUAGGUUUUUGAAUUGUUAAGAUAGUGAAGUAAUAAUAAAUGAUCACUUAUAUAUUGAACCACAGAACAAACCGCUGAUCGUGCGAUCGACGCCUUAGAAAUAAAAUUGAGACCUGAUAUUUCAAAUUGUUGCUUUAAAUUUGUACUACAAGAGGUCUAAGAGUCGACCAACGUGAUCUCGAAUUGGGAGUUUGUAUUAAGCAGAAUGUUAUUUUUUUGUUAGAUAUCAUUUUGGCGAAUGUUUGCAGUUCAAACAGAUGAUAAUUUUAGCUUUUAAAAAAAUCUAGAUUGUGUGUAAAAAUGGAUAACACUCUAGAAACAAAUUGCUGGGGAAUUUCUUGGCAAGCUCUGAAUUUGUGUCAAUUUUUUUGCAUACCAUUUUUUUGUCUUGUUAUACAGCAAAUGGUUAUUUUCUACCGAGCGUCGUUACAUUUUUUAUUGUGGGUAUAUACUCCGUUAUGGGUAGAUAAAGCAUUUAAACGUAAACCGAAAAAACUAACUUUUUAUACUUUUUAUUUAAUACCAUAAAGAUUUUAAAAAAUCUUUCAAUGGUGUCCCUUAUAAGAAAAUUUACGGUCGCCUCUAGGACACCGUAAAUCGAAACGUGUAACGACAAAAUAUCUUUCUAACAAAGAAUAUAUAAAAAAGAAUAUGCUAAUUUCGAAUUUGUUAUUUUUCUUUGGCAUUAUUCAAAUAUUGAAUUGUUAGAGGAAUAUGUUGAGCGAUUUUAAAUAUGUAAUAUAAAAAAUACGUAUACCUUUGUUGUACUUCAAAUUCUAACCUCAACUAUCCAUUCAACAGUUUCAAAAAAAAGGAUUAGCUGUAUAAUUUGAUUAGGUACCUUACUUUUUUAUAACUAUUUUUUUUUGUUUUCAAAUGAAGUAAAAGGAAGUGUUUUUACAUUUUUAUUCUUGUCAAAUACAAAAUUGAGGUGCUUUUAUGUAAGGGUCCGUUUCACGGUUAAUGGUGCGAUAUUUUUUUUAUCUUUUUUUCGUUUUUAUGCGUAGGUGACAAUCUAGUUUUACGUUCACAUUAAGAGCGAAGUAGGUUCAAUACCUCAUUCAAUUUUAUUGUUUAUAAAG